GGGGCCCCACUCGUGUCUGCGUUAGGGUCGGGGCCGCUGUGGGUGCGGCCUGGGUUGCACGUGUGGCUCUGGAUGCUCAGUGGAGCCCCCUGAGUGCCCCCGGGCCAAAAGGCUUGGGGGGGUGCACCUCAGACCCGGGGAUUGUAGGGGUGUCCGUCCGUCACGCCGUCUGUCUGUCCCACAGGCGCGCCAUGGCUGUGCCUCGGACGCUGGGGGAGCUGCAGCUGUACCGGGUGCUGCAGCGUGCCAACCUGCUGGGCUACUACGAGACCUUCAUCCAGCAAGGAGGGGACGACGUGCAGCAGCUGUGCGAGGCGGGCGAGGAGGAGUUCCUGGAGAUCAUGGCGCUGGUGGGCAUGGCCACCAAACCGCUGCACGUCCGCCGCCUGCAGAAGGCACUGCGAGAGUGGGCGUCCAACCCGGGGCUGUUCAGCCAGCCGGUGCCGGCCGUGCCCGUCAGCAGCAUCCCUCUCUUCAAGCUGUCCGACGGGAGCGGGCGCAAAUCGCUCAGCAACGGGCACGCCAGCCCCAGCGAGGCUGCGGGGAAAGGGGGGGGAAGUGCAGGGACGCCCCCCGCUCGCAGCCCCACGGAAGCCCCGGAGAAGCUGUCGCCAUCGGGGGUGCCUCCGUGGCCGGGUAGGAGCACCCCCGAAUCGGAGGGCGGUGGGGAUGAGGAGCCGGGCGCUCCUCCCUUCUCCCCGGGGGGCACCGAGCAGCCGUCGAGCGGCGACGUGUUGGAGCCGGAGUUGGUGCGGACGGUGGCGGAGAGCGUCGAGCGGCUGCUGCAGAGCUGCCCCCGGGGGGGGGACGCGGAGCUGCGGGCUCUGCUGAAGCUCAAUAAGAAGUUGGCCAAAGCCGUCGGGCACAUCUUCCAGCUGGAAGACGGCGACCGGCAGAAGGAAGAGGAGAUCCGGCGGCACAGCGCGAUCUACGGCCGCGGUGAU